GGAAGUUCCGCCCCUUCCCCGGGGCCCGGAGUUCGAGUCCCGGCCCCGCCGCUUCCGCCUCCGGGGCCGGGCCGGGGAGGGGAGGGGUCGCGCCGCUGCCAUGUCCUGCCACUUCCAGAAGCUUUUUGGGACCGACGGGGAGCUGGAGGACGAGGAUUUCCUCUCCGCUGUGGAAGAUGCAGAGAACCAGUUUGUGAUCCCCGGGCAUUCCUCACCCAGCGUCGUCCCAGUUCAUCCCAGUAAAGCCCCCACCCUGCGGCCCCUCGCCGGGCAGGGCGGGUUCCAGGGACCCCCAUCCCGGGGAGCAGCGCCCCAGGAUGAGCUGGACAAUGACCUUUUCCUGGCCGCCUGCAGGGAGCUGGAGGGUCCCGAGGUGCCGGUGGGGGCCGGCGCUGCCCCGCUGCCCUCCAGGCACCGCGAGAAGCCCCCAUGGAAAUGCCCAGGGAAGGAGAACACUCAGGAAUGUGGGAUCCCCAAAAAGCUCAGGGUGGGAGAGGAGCUGGUCCCUGGCUCCGGGGGGGUGCAGGACAGGCAGGGCCCCCUCCCCAGUCCCAAACUGGUGCUGCGGCCCAGCGCGGCCAGUGCCUGCACCCCCAGACCCCCCCCUUCCGUGGGAAAGCCGGGCGGCUCCGGAGGGUGCAUCCCUGCUCCGGGGGCUCCGUCCUUGAGGCCUGUCCGAGCAUCCCUAGGAGGGAGCAGCUCCUCGGUGCCCCGGACCCCCCCAGCACAGAGCUGCCCCCAGCCCUGGCUGCCCCCCGGGCCCCCCUCAGGCCCCCCCGGCCCCCCGAACCCCCCCGUGGUCACCAACCACCUGGUGCAGCUGGUGACAGCGGCCAGCAAAGCCCCCGGGGGACCCCCCCGAGCCCCCCCACGCAGGGAGAGCCGGCGCUUCCCGGGGCCCGCCGGGAUCCUGCCCCAGCAGCACUCCGGGAAGCUGCUGGAGAAGAUCCUGGUUUCUGCUCCCCAAACUCCGGCCCACGGGGCCGUGGCGAAGCCGCGGGCUCAGGCCCUGCCCAGCUCCCCACUGCCCACGGAGGAGGAUUUUGGGAAGGGGCCCUGGCUGGCCAUGAAGACGGAGCUGGGGCUGGAUGAGAGGGACCCCGGCUGCUUCCUCCACACCUACAGCGUGGUCAUGGUGCUCCGCAAGGCAGCCCUGAAGCAGCUCCCAAAAAACAAGGUCCCCAGCAUGGCCGUGAUGAUCAAGACCCUGACCAGGAGCAGCGCCGGCGCUGGUGCCGUGUUCCGGGACCCCACAGGGGAGAUGCAGGGCACGGUGCACCGGCUGCUGCUGGAGCAGAGGCAGAGCGAGCUCCGCGCCGGCUCCGUGCUGCUGCUGAGGCAGGUGGGGGUCUUCUCCCCCUCCCACCGCAACCACUACCUCAACGUGACCCCCAACAACCUCCUCCGGAUCUUCCCACCGGAGCCCGAGGGCUGCUCCCCCCGGCAGGUCCCUGCCCAGGCUGAGCUGAUCCCGGACCCCCCCGCGCAGCCCCCCCAGGGUGUCCUUGCUCCUGAGGAUUGGGGACACUCGAGGACAAGUGGACACAGUGCAGAGCAGCAUCCUGGGGGCUUCUCUCUGCAUCCACCAAGCUCUGGUCCCAGCUGGGAAGAGCCAGUGGGAGCGGAUGGAUGUGACAUGGAUGACCUGGAUGGGCUCCUGGGAGAGCUGCCUGAGGAUUUCUUCUCGGCCUCGGCGCAGGCUGACUGCGGCUGAGCCCGGCGGCUGCUGGUGAGGGUGACGGUGCCGAGGAGCAGGUGACACACCUGCCACCCACCUGCUCCUCUCCCUGCGUGUCGGUGGUGUUUGUUGUGGAGCUGAGAGCUGGGGACACCCGGGGGGGUCACAGCCUCAGCGCUGUCCCCACUGCUCCGGGCACUCCGGCCCCUCUCGCUCCCAAACCUGCAUUAAAGGGCUGUUUUGUUUCUGCA